AUGCAAAUAGUAGGCCACCGUACUUACCACGAGAACGCUAUCCCCCAGACAUGGGUAUUGGCUCACCAAAACGGACGACUGUAUCACGGAAUCAAGGAAGGCACCAUGUCCAACAGUCAAGCCGACUGCACUGACUUUUCGCUCUGGAGAGAUCCAGAAACCUGUUUGCCACCUCCCGAACUCGAUCCCGCCAACUUAUAUCCAAAGGUUCUGCCUCGUUAUAACCUCUUCCACCCCCAUAAACAUAAACAAGGUGCUAUACUGAAGCCGGAUCGUCGGUAUCUUUGGCAGGCCCUCAACACAACUUUUGUAGCACAUACCACUGCGCGGGAAAUUGAUGCUUGUCAGAUGCUCGAUUUGCAGCCGCAUAAAAGCAUUUACAAGUAUUACGGUGUAGAGACUAGCAGUGUGCUCCGAUUUAAGUACCGCAACGAGACCAUCAACAUAACCAUGGACCAGGAGCGUGUCUUGAACCUAGUGUUCGAGAAGUACGAUUGUAACCUUCGGGAAGCAAUCGAACGUGGCUAUCCUGUACACAUCCGGGAUUGCUUGCAAUCAAUAGCUGCGGGUACAGAGCACAUGCACUCCCCGAAGCUCGUUCAUGGGGAUGUCAAACCCGAGAACAUACUUGUCAAGUGGUCAAACAGCGGACAUGAUGCGAUAGCGUUGCGGUAUGUUAUAGGAGACUUUGACAGCACCCAAUUGAAGGGUUCAGUGAUCGGUGGCAAAUACGGGACUCCGUUCUGGUCGCGAGACAAGAAACCUGGAGUAGACAUUGUGGAAGAAGACGAUGACUGGUUCGGUUUUGAUCAGCUGAGGAAGUGGUUGGUGUGUUUUACCACUGACUCGCGCCAGAAAUCGGAAGACUAUAGGAGAAUCGGGAAAAGGAUUGGAGGAACGGAUGCUAGGGAGAGCACAAUCACCUAUAGCUCUGUUUGA